CGCGUAGCCAUGAGCAAACCGAAAUUAUUUGUGCCGGAUAUCCGAUGUACCGCGUACAUUUCGAACCUUCCUUACGAUUUAACCAACAUUGAUGUGCAUAAGCUAUUUUCCAAGCAUGGUAAAAUUGUUAAAGUUACAGUACUUCGUGAUAAAAAGACUAGAAAGAGCAAGGGAGUUGCAUUUGUGCUUUUUGCCAGCGCACAGGAAGCUCUAGAAUGUUGUAACGCGUGCAAUAAUGCGGAAAUGUUUGGCCGCACGCUAAAGGCAAGCAUCGCAAAGGAUAAUGGGAAGGCGGUCGAGCAUGCCCAGCGUAAACAGUAUCCGGACAAAAGCCGCUGCUACGAGUGUGGAGCGGAGGGACACAUGAGCUACAACUGUCCAAGGAAUGUUCUCGGAAGUAAAACACCACCACGAAAGGGUGGUCGAAUGCACGGUAAACGAAAGUAUAAACAGGAAGAGGGAUCCUCCGCGUGGGCUAGUGAGUCGGAACCGGAUGCACCCGUUGCGGGAACGGGUAUGGAUGCGGGCAGUAUGUGCAUCAAAAAAGUGAAAUACAGAAGAAGUGAAUAUUUCAGCGAUGACGAAGAAAUCGAUACCGAGGGUUAAGAGGUAC